AUGCCGACAUGUAAAUAUGACGGUAAGACUGACCCGGAGGAUCAUAUAUCGGCCUAUGAAGGGCACAUGCUGCUGUACACCGACACUGACUUAGUAUGGUGUAAGGUGUUCCCCUCUACACUAACUGGACUAGGCCAGACCUGGUUCAAGAGCAUACCACCGGCAACAGUCUUUGACUUCCGCCAGCUCACAUCAAUGUUUGUUACACACUUUGUUAGUAACAAGCGCAAGGAGAAGACCACCGACGAGCUGAUGUUGGUCAAACAGGGGGAGACAAAAAGUCUAAGGGACUACGUAGGAAGUUUCAACGCAAAAGCUGUCACCAUCCCUACUCUCCAGCAAGAAGUUGCCGUCCUAGCCCUCAUGACGGGCCUAAAGGAAGGAACUCCUUUCAGAAGCUAUCGGGACCGUAAAAAGCUAACCAACCUAACAUAG